AUGUCGCCCAAUAAUGAAGAGUUCAAUACCCGCGGCGCUAGCAGGGCAUCCGAAGCCACAAUCUAUAUCACCUCUCCGCUCCACCCGACCGCACAAGCACUCGCGGAACGGACUUUUGCGCGGGUUAUCCAAGAAGGAAAAGAUGGACAGGGAUUCAGUCGCGCAGAAUGGUAUGUGACAGUGCAUAGCUCACGCAGUAUAGUGAUGCGCCUGGGCGUUGCUUCUGCCGAGAAUCUCCAGCAGCGUAUAAGUCCAAGGCUGCGCAUCAUCACUCGCUCGGGGGUGGGGUACGAUAGUAUCGACCCACAAGGAUGUCGGGAUAGAGAUAUAGUGGUGACGAAUCUCCCUGGCGCGAACGCUCAAGCAGUAGCCGAGCUGGCCCUCACACUCGCCCUCUCCCUCCUCCGCCGCGUCAAAGAGAUGGACCGCCGCUUCAUCUCCGGCGAGGGCCUCCGGUCGAUCCACUACCUCGCUCCCGGCCUGACAGGCAAGACGGUCGGUAUAGUGGGUAUGGGCAAUACUGCUCGGCAGUUUGCUCUCCUUCUACGCCCCUUCGGCUGCAAGCUGUUGGUGCACUCGCCGACCUCUUCGGCCGAACGAUGGACGGCGGAAGAUCCAGACAUAGCCAACAGUGGCGAUGCUCCAAUAGAGCACGAGCGGGUGGAUAUGGAGACGAUCCUCGAAGACGCAGACGUCAUCUCACUCCACUGCCCGCUGACACCGCGGACGAAGAACUUGAUCGGCGAGAAGGAGCUGGGAAUGAUGAAGCCGACGGCGGUGCUCGUCAACACGGCGAGAGGCGGGGUGGUAGAUGAGCGAGCCCUGGAAAAGGCACUACAGGCGGGCAAGCUGGCAGGUGCUGGUAUCGAUGUGUGGGAGAUUGAGCCGGCAAGAGGGGAGAAUCUAGGGGGAUUGGGCAAGAUGAGUAAUGUCAUUUGCCUGCCUCACCUGGGUGCCUCGACAGAACAGGUAGCGGAGUCCAGUACCGUCCGCGCUGUCGAGAUCUUGGCGAACUUCUUUGAUCGAGGAGAGGUGGUCCACCGGGUGAUAUGA